AUGUUCGCAACCUUUUACGCCUCGGAGCCCACCUCGCCAGCGACUACUUUCAUUUCCUCGGGGCCUGCGGAUCUCCAGCCGUCCCAGGGCGGCGAUUCGGCAACACCGGGUGGCGGCGCCGGGGUGGGCGCCGGCACGGGAUCAUCGUCAGCCACCGGCAGCGGCGGCGCCGGCAACACCACCACACAACCCGGCGUGCUCCGGCCAAAACGAAGUCAGGUCGCCCGCGCCUGCGACUGGUGCCGCAUCCAUCGGAUCAAAUGCGACACGAACCAGCCGUGUCGCAACUGCGAGGCGCGCGGUGGCCAGUGCAGCAACAGCGGCAAGAUGGGCGAGGUGCGCACCCUGCCGCGGGCCAUUCGCGAGAUUGAGAGCUUGCGGUUGCGGGUCAAGGACCUCGAGGCCCAGCUCGAGGCGACCAAGGGGCCAUCGGACGCCGCCGAAUCGACGACGAGGAGUCCGUCGAGGUCGCAGACGCCGAGCUCGGUCAGCGGCUCGUGGGAGGUGCCAGCGCUCCUCGGAAUGCACGGCGGUGGCGCCACCAGCAGUGCAAGCCCAAACAUCCAUCUGCAUGCUGGUGGUUUCGGCGCGCCGCAGUUCUACGGUCCCUCGUCGACGAAUUACUUCGUCGACCGGAUCACCAGCUACCUCAAAAGCGUAGUCCCCCAACCCUUUCUCCAGCCCAUGCUCGAGAAUGGCACAGGCCCAGACGUCGAGCAGCCGCAGUUUUCGCAACAGCAGCACUAUCGCAGCCCAAUGUCUGGUCGCAACCUGACUGGCGCCCAGGAGGUCUACUUCCUCGACCUGUAUUGGCGCUCGUGGCACACCAUUCACCCAGUGCUCGAUGAGGCGGACUUUCGUGCGCAUUACAAGUCGCUCUGGGCCGGAUCGCACUCGACGGAUGCGAGACUGCCGUCGGCGCUUGUCGACAUUGUGCUCGCCCUGUGCAUGCAGUUCAGCGUGGCCUCCACCCCUCGUGACACCUCGUUUGAGACCUCCUCGUCAGAACCCGCAUCGAGCGCCGGCCGCUUCCUGCACCACCGAGCCCAAGACAUCCUCGCCACGUCAUUAGAGUCGCCAAGCCUCGCAACGCUGCAGUCCCAAUUUCUGUCAGCCGUCUACCUCGCAAACGCGUCGUACCUGACCACGGCCCACGCGACCCUCGCCUCGGCUGUCCGAACAGCCCACGCCCUCGGCCUCCAUCUUGACCCGCCAUCGACCCUGCCGCGGCCGCAGGCCGAGCUGCACCGCCGCGCCUGGUGGUGCCUCUUUGCCCUCGACACGCGCCUCAGCAUCCGCCUAGGCCGCCCUUGCGCGACCCACCUCGCGCAGACGACUUGUGCUCUGCCGUCCGACGACCCGUCUCUCGAAUCCGUGACGGCAGAACUCGACCUCCUCGCCCCGUCCCGGCUCUCCUACACCCUGCACGCCGUGACCCUCGCCCUCGCCGCCCGCAGGCUGCACCACCGCCCGCUGCCAACGGUGCCCUCGGCGCCGCCGUCACAGGAGGACCUCUUGCCACUGACGACCUGGCGCGCCGCGCUGCCGCCAUCGCUCGCCUUGCCAAGAGUACCAAGCGCAAACUGCGCCGCCUUUGCGCCGCCGUGGCUGACGCGCCAGCGCCUGCUGCUCGAUCUGCACUACCACGAUCUGCUCAUGGCCCUGCUGCGGCCGAGCAUCCUGUUGCCACCGGCAGGCGAUGCCGCGCCAGCGGAGAGGGCGGCGCGCCACGCCGUUGCCGCGACGCACGUCCUGCAGCAGGCAGGCGGGGGUCCGCUUGACAUGGGGUGGUCGGAGCCGGUGCUCCUGGCGUGGAACGCUGCAGUCACGCUCGCAGGGUACAUUGCUGCAUAUGGCAGCGACGGAUCCGUAGGUGGCGGGGCGAGAGCGGCGGUCUGGCGGGCGAUCGAGGUGCUCGAGGGGUUCGGUGCCGGUGAGGCGGCGGCGGCGGUGCGAGAGCUCGUGGGACGGGCAGAUAUCGUCGCUGUCGGGGGCAGCGUUGAUCCUGGGCUUGGAGCCCAAUUUGGGGGAUUCGGAACAGGGUUCGGGGAGGCUGGCGACGGUCUGUAUGAGAUUUGGUCCUAUGGGAUGGACAGCUAA